AUGCUCAUGCGCAAUAUUCGAUAUUAUGCUGCUCUGCCGACCCCGGACGGCAUCCCAAUUAUUGUGACCACAGGCCGCCACAUUGUUUGGGGCCUCCGGUUCGUCGGACGUCGAGAACGCCGCGCGCGCGACGCGGGCAUCAUGAGCGAGCCCGUCCCCGAGGCGGUCGUCCCCGAGGCGGUCGUCCCCGAGGCGGUCGCGCCCGAGGCGGUCGUCCCCGAGGCGGUCGAGGCGGCGUCCGAGCGCGAGGGCGAGGGCGAGGGAACGAAAACCCCUCCGUCGAAUCCCACCCCGCCGGAGGGGGAGGGACCAGGACCCGCGGCGGACGACGGGGACGCGGCGACGACGUCGGCGGCGGCCGCACCGAUCGAGCGCGAGGAGGACGCGCCGAAACCUGAGGCCGCGACGCCCGCGCCCGCGGAGGAGGAGAAGGAGGCAUUGGAGGAGGAGGAGGAGGGCUCGGACGCGAUUCCCGCGCGCGACGCGACGCGCGCGGACGAAGCAGACGCGGAGGCGACGACCGAAUCGACCGCGCCGCCUCCCGCGCCCGCGCCGGAGCCCGCGCCGGAGCCCGCGCCCGCGCCCGAGGCGACGACGACGACGGACGCCGCGACGCCGAGACCGAAGGCGGCGUCGCCGACGAGACCGACCAAGCCGCCGCCGACGACGACGACGACGACGACGCCGCGGAAACAGACGCGUCAUCAUCGUUCGCCGCCGUCGACGGCGGUCAAACCGCGCAGCUCCUCCGGGUACGCCGCGCCCGGGCACACGUACGUCCUCGACGUCGACGGCGGCGACGCGGGCGCGGGCGGGAGCCCGAGCGCGAGCCCGAGCCCGCGCGGGGGCGGGCGGAGCCCGAGCGGCGGCAGAGCGCGCGCGGCGCCGGAGAGCCCCCGGUUGGGGCGACAACACGGGAACCCGCGCGGAGGGUUCUCUCCUCAGCCUGGGGGGGGCGGCGCCGGCGCGUUCGCGGUCGCGCCGACGAACGGAUCGCCGCGGACUUCACGACGGGACGGGGAGAGGCAAAUGCGCGAGCUUCUCGCGUCCGUCGCGAACGGAGCGCCGACGUCGCCGACGCGUUCGCCUGUCGCCGCCGGCGUCGUCGCGCUGACGACGGCGCGGCGACGCGCGCCCGGCGGCGGGGUCGAUCGACAUCGACGGUCGCCGCCGUCGCCGAGCGACGACGCGGGGGUCGCGCGCCGCGAUGGGGGGCGAGGGAUCGACGGGUCCCGGGCGGGCCCCUUCGAGGACCUCGCGGACCUCGUCGCGGGGACGCGGCUGGCGGGGGAGUCGCGGAGGAAGUCGACGUCCAAGGAAGAAGAGCUCGGGUUCGACUUGUACUACGGCGUGGGCGUGAUAAGUCCGAAGUGA